CUGACCUGGUGGCCUGCGCCCUAUAGGCGUGAUCCGCUCUCUGCACACCCUGGGCCGUCUGGAUCAUGCCUUCUGCACGGAGACCCGGCCCUACAACCAGGGAGCCCGGCUGACCGCCUUCGAGCUGACAUACGAGCGGAUCCCCGCCACACUCAUCGCCGACAGCGCGGCAGCGGCGGCCAUGGCCCGGCGAGGCGUGUCAGCUGUCAUCGUAGGAGCCGACCGCGUGGUUGCCAACGGUGACACCGCCAACAAGGUGGGCACCUACCAGCUGGCCAUCGCUGCCAGGUACCACGGCAUCCCCUUCUACGUGGCCGCCCCCAGCUCCUCGUGCGACCUCCAACUGGAGACAGGCAGGGACAUCGUCAUCGAGGAGCGCGCGGGGCAGGAGCUGACCGACGUCAACGGGGUCAGGGUCGCAGCCCCCGGUAAGCUGGCCCCUUCGAGGUGGGCACCACGGCACCCGGGCACAUCCCUGUAGGCAGGCUGGCCCCUUCGUGGAGCAGGUGGAUUUAGGGUAUCAUUGGCCAUCUGGG